AUGUGGUUUCGUAGUACAGUCAAAGGAACCACACUUUUCCUUAAUCCGGUCCUCUUUAAUGCCGAGGAAGUGAGGGUUGAUCAACAUCUGAUCCUUAUAGAUGUUAAUUCUGCAACAAAUGCAAGGACUAAUGGUGAUAUCAUGACAUUAGCUGCAGCAACAACAACAACAGUUAUUGAGGAAAAUCAUUUAAAGUGGAAAAGAGAUAUGAAAUAUACCGCGUACAAUGGUGUUGCGAGCUUGCACAAAAUUGUACAGCAUCUUUGGUCAAAGAAAUUGAGGGUUUUUGGUUUAAGGGCUUCUGCUUCCUCAGUAAAUGUCUUGGUAGAAGAUAUAAUUUACACGGAUCAUUCGGCUUUAAAGUACCUCUUUGCUAAGAAAGAAGCUAAACCAAGGAUUAUCCGUUGGAUUCUUCUUCUUCUUCAAGAGUUCUAUAUUGAGAUCCGUGAUCAGAAGGAAACCGAAAACCUUGUGGUAGAUCACUUGUGCCAACGUGUUGGGGACAUUUCUAAGAGGGAUGAGAUGCAUCAAAAUCACAUUCUUGAGCUUGAAAUUUUUGAUGUAUGGGCUAUUGACUUCAUGGGGCCUUUCAUUUCUUCCCAAGGGAACACCUACAUACUUCUAGAGGUUGAUUAUGUGUCCAAGUGGAUUGAGGCCAUUGCUACCCAUACAAAUGAUGCUAAAGUGGUCAUCCAAUUUUUCAAGAAAGCGAUAUUUCCUAGGUUCGGGAUGCCCAAGGCAAUCAUUAGUGAUGGAGGGUCUCAUUUCAAGGGUUCCUUCUCAAACAUCCUCUCCAAGCAUGGUGUCAUCCAAAGGCAAGGCCUAUCUUACCACCCCAUGACAAGUGGUCUUGCGGAAGUCUCUAACCGCGAGAUCAAACUGAUCCUUGAGAAGAUGGUAGCCUCUAACCGCAAGGAUUUGGCUUUAAAGCUCGAUGAUGCCUUGUGGGCCUAUAGAACGACUUAUAAGACUCCUAUUGGGACAACACCUUAUAAGCUCGUUUAUGGAAAGAGUUGUUACCUACCGGUGGAGAUGGAAUUCAAAGCCUCAAACGCCAUCAAGCAUAUCAAUUUCGAUCUCAAGGGUGCGGGAGAGAAAAGGCUCCUAGACUUGCACGAGAUAGAAGAAAUGCAAAUGAAUGCAUAUGACUUGGCAAGCAUCUACAAUGCUAAGUAUAAGGAGUACCAUGACCGGAAGAUCACAAAGAAGGACUUUCAUAAAGGUGAGAAAGUCCUAUUCUUCAACUCAAAGUUGAAUCUUUUUCCAACUAAAGUCUCGAUGGAGCGCCCCUUUGAGGUGAAGAAAGUAUUGCCUUAUGGCUCAUUGGAAAUUUGGAACAAAGACAAAUGUGAUUUUUUCAAGGUCAACGGUCAUAGGGUGAAGAAGUAUUUCGAAGGAGCUCACAUUGGGAGGUGUCCCUUGUCCACCAUAAUGUUUGGUAGGAAGAAGUCCAAAACUUCAAAAGCACCCUCCGGGUCUAAGAAAAAGGCGGUUAGACCUCCCAAUGUCAAUACCAUUGGGAUUGAAUCUGAUGAUCAAGCCUCGUGGGGUUAUUUUAUGGGUCUUUGUGAUCGAAAAAUCUGCCCCACUAGUUUUAUGAUGUGGUGGAAGUUGAUAAGUUGGGGAUAA